GCGGCCAGCAAUCUGACAGCUCACGUGACGCGGCACAUGGGCAACCGAGAUGGGCUAGGGAGAGCUGAGCCUGCGGCGAGCACACGGAACUCUUUCUGGGAGGGGCGGGGCCUCGGCGCUGGCCGUUGAGAAGCUGCAGCUCCGCGAGGGCGUCAUUUGAAAGAGGUUGCUAGGCGACGGCUCGCCGGUGGGGGCGGCGCCUCAACGGAAAGGCUUUUCCGUUACAAUGACGGCGUUUCACCGCCAGUCUGAAGGGGAAAGGCGAAGGGGCGGGUGGCUGGUGUGGCGCGGCUGAAGCCAGCGCGUCUUUUUUUUUUUUUCGUGCCUGAGGCGAAGUCGUGUGAACGAGACAACGCGGCGUCCCUUCCUUCCCUCUGCUCGUGACCGAAGAACAGGACGGCUGUCGAGGGCGGCGUUCCCAGAGAUGGGCCGCGGCGUGACUAACAGGGAAGGAUCGUGACUAGGAGCCUGAGACCAGCAGCGGGCGGCUUGAGGCGGCGGCGGGCGACUGGUGCCCCCAGCUCGCCCCGGGCCCCUCCCCUGCGAUGGGGAAUGGGUUGUCGGAGCAGACGUCGAUCCUGUCGAGCCUUCCUUCCUUCCAGUGCUUCCACAUCGUGAUCCUGGGGCUGGACUGCGCCGGCAAGACCACGGUCCUCUACCGGCUGCAGUUUAACGAGUUCGUCAACACCGUCCCCACCAAAGGUUUCAACACCGAGAAGAUCAAGGUGACGCUGGGCAACAACAAGACGGUCACUUUCCACUUCUGGGACGUCGGAGGCCAGGAGAAGCUGCGGCCCCUUUGGAAGUCCUACACCCGCUGCACGGACGGCAUCGUCUUCGUGGUGGAUUCUGUGGAUGUGGAAAGGAUGGAAGAAGCCAAAACGGAACUGCACAAAAUCACGCGGAUCUCGGAGAACCAAGGGGUGCCCGUGCUCAUAGUGGCCAACAAGCAGGACUUGAGACACUCGCUGUCGCUCUCGGAGAUGGAAAAGAUGUUGGCCACAGGCGAGCUGAGCGCUUCCACGCCGUGGCACCUGCAGCCUACCUGUGCUAUCAUAGGAGAUGGGCUGAAAGAAGGACUCGAGAAACUGCACGAUAUGAUAAUUAAGCGAAGGAAAAUGCUGAGGCAGCAAAAAAAGAAGAGAUGAGCUGCUGUAGGCAUGAGGGGGUAAUUCCUUCUUGGCAUUGGACUAAAACAGUUCCUAGCACCUGGCCUGCUUGUUUGGAUCCUGUACAGCCUAAUAAAACACUCAGCCUGGUGGGAAGCUUUGCAGACACAGACCCUUUUACCUGGUUUCCCCACAAGUUAUUGGCACUACAACUACUUUUUUUUUAUAAAGAAAGCAAAACAGAAACAGCUCCCUUGUUGCAUAGUACAAAAUGAUCAGGAAACAGAUGGGUGGGUAAAUGUGACCUGGAUAUCUUAAAUAGCCAAAUAAAACAAUGAAGAGUGUUCUGCUUGGUGGUGUAAUACUAUGUUUGAGAGUGCCUUUGCAAGAAAACUGCGUUCAAGGCAUUCAGUGUUUUUUCAACUACUGCUUGUAUGUGGAGUGUUUAGAUGAAGAUAUGCAGCUUUAAAAUAGUAUCCUUUAACAUAUAUGGAGCUAGUAUACCAUUAUUUAAGGAGGCUGUGAAUGUGGAGGGUUUUUAAUGAAAGUUUGGCAGUAUGGUAUGCUUUUAGAUCUAUUCUCUUAAAAUAACACUUGUGGCUUGGAUGAUUUGAACUACCACUACUGUGGUAUUCAUGUUAUCUGAAGCUUGAUAGAGGGAAAAAGUAUGGACUAUAUAAGAGCAUGGAUGAGUUUCCUGAUAAUGUAGCAUGUCUUGGUGUGUAGGGGUUCUUUAGAAAUAGCUGUGCAUCGUUAAGCAGUGCUAAUCAGGUUUGGACCAUACUUAUUUGUCCUAUGGAGACAUGUUCUAAAAUGUUUGCUCGCAACAAACACUGAACAAUGAGACAAAAGUAAACUAUGACCAUAAGGGACUUGGGUUUCUGGAUUUUUAUAGUGCAAUAUUACCUUUAAAUGAAAUUGAUGGCAAUAAAAUUUGAUCAUAAUGAAUUGUAAAUUAAGCUAAAUUCAACAAAACUACAUGUCCCACGUGCCCAGUGCUGUUAAAAUGUGCUGCCAGGUUAUUUUAUUACCCUUGCAGUACUCUUAGGAAUGUAUUGAAGCUUUAUACACUUGAAACAUUUUGACACUGUGGAAAAACAAGAGUUUAAAGAUGACCUGUGUCUGCUCAAAUUAUGCUUUAAGGUUUCCUUGUUUACAGUCAUGCAAACAGUGUUAAGUAGGUGGGACAGCAUAUGAUGGAAAGAAAUUAGUUUUCUUACUGGUACAGUUUUUUAAAAAAUAAAUAAAUGGGCAACUUGGGUAGCAGGUUAAAGGGCUAACGUGAAUCCUGUAUUACUCUACUGGUGCUGUGAAACAUAAGAAUAAUUCCAUGGUAAGAGAACAGCUCAAGGGGCAACAAGACUUCCACUUGGCACAACCCACAACACAGUUAGCAUGUUCUCUUACCUACUAGUCAGAUCAUAGGGAGGAUUAGUUGGAAAAUAGGGAGGCUAUCUGAAUGUCAGGAAACAUAACUUAUUGAUACUUGUAUAAAAUCAAAUUUUAUAGCCAGAUACUGCUUAGAAGGUAACCAAAAAUGCACUUUAGUGUUUUCCAAUACUGAAAGUGACAGCUUUUUUUUAAUUAAAAAAAUAAUGAAAUCCUGGUCCUUUUUGAAAGAAUUGAAGUAGCUUCCAAUGGAGCUUUUGUACGUUGGUUAUAUGUACCUGCACUAGUGACAUUGAAAAGUCACUUAAUGUCUAUAUUUAUAGAAAUGUGGAUAACUUCUUAAACCUCAAUAAACCCAACUCCAAAUGAGUCAUCGGCAACAGAAGUUGACAACAUUUUACUGUGCGGAUCAUACUUUUUAUCAGAACUGUCUGCAUGAAACUGAACCCUUUAUUCAUGUGAGAUUUGUAUAUGUGACAAUGUUAAAAAUCGCAGGUAUCUUAUUAAAGAUUUAAUGGCAAUUUGCAUUA